UUAAUUACAUACACCUUCCACCCCAGAUUUCUCUUCAUAUUGCUGCACAUCUGGGUACACGAUUUUCUGUGCGUUACAGUGUCCAAAAGAAAUACGGCCAGUGGCUUCAACUUUCAAAUUUUUCAUUUGUUGUUACAGUAGUAAUCUUGUUAUUUAUGAUUUUUUGACUCUUCUUUUUAUUUUUCAUGUAAUCUGUUAUUUGAUUUUCUUAUUAUAGUAACCUCAGUUAUUACUAUAAUAUUAUGGGAAUACUCGAUUUGCCAGAGUUUCUUGGAUACAAGUACUGUCAGUAUUAUUACCAACUUUAUUAUGUGCACCAGAGGUUUUGGUAAGGCUAGCUAGUCAUCAAGGAAUGGAUUUUGGCGCCGGAGGUGACGAUUUCAGCGGCGGAGACCACCGUGAUGACUCCGACCGGAGGAAAAAGCGUUAUCAUCGGCACACUGCCUACCAAAUUCAAAGACUCGAAGGAACGUUCAAAGAAUGUCCCCACCCAGAUGAGAAAACAAGAACGCAGUUAAGCAGAGAAUUGGGCUUGGCUCCUCGCCAAAUUAAGUUUUGGUUCCAAAAUAGAAGGACUCAAAUGAAGGCACAAUAUGAAAGAUCAGAUAAUUGUGUACUUCGGUCAGAGAAUGACAAAAUUAGGUGUGUAAACGUAACAAUCAGAGAGGCACUCAAGAAUGUGAUAUGCCCUUCUUGUGGAGGGCCUCCAGUUUCAGAAGAUCCAUACUUGGACGAGCAAAAACUGCGAAUGGAAAAUAUCCAGUUGAAAGACGAGCUUGACAGAGUUUCCACCGUUGCUGCCAAGUACAUAGGCCGGCCUAUUUCACAACUUCCACCUGUGCAGCCUUUUCAUGUAUCGUCAUUAGAUUUAUCCAUGUCGAGUUAUGGAGGGCCCGGAAUGGCUGGCCCUUCGCUUGAUCUUGAUCUUCUUCCAGGAAGCUUGACCGGUUCUUUACAGAAGUUACUUUUCCCAAAAAUGAGCAUUUCGGAUAUGGAUAAAUCCCUCAUGGCUGAUGUUGCUGGCAAUGCAAUGGAUGAAUUGAUUAGGCUUUUGCAAACCAAUGAACCACUUUGGAUGAAAUCAGCUGAUGGAAGAGAAGUUCUUAAUCUGGAAAGCUAUGAGAGAAUUUUCCCCAGGCCUAAUACUCACUUGAAAAAUCCCAAUAUUCGGAUUGAAGCUUCAAGAGAUUCUGGUGUUGUGAUAAUGAAUGGCUUGGCAUUGGUCGAUAUGCUUAUGGACACGAGUAAAUGGAUGGAAUUAUUUCCUACAAUCGUUUCAAGGGCAAUAACAAUUGACGUAAUAUCACCAGGAAUGCUGGGAAGUCAAAUUGGCACAUUGCAAUUGAUGUAUGAAGAGUUGCAGGUGCUUUCACCUUUGGUGCCGACUAGGCAGAUAUAUUUCCUCCGAUUCUGUCAGCAAAUUGAACAAGGUGCAUGGGUUAUUGUCGAUGUUUCAUAUGAUCUUCCCCAUCAGGAGAAGCAAUUUGCUUCUUCAAGUAAAGCUCACAGGCUUCCUUCUGGAUGCUUGAUACAAGACAUGCCAAAUGGUUAUUCCAAGGUUACUUGGGUGGAAAACUGGGAAAUAGAAGAUAGAGCCCCAAUUCAUAGGCUUUAUAGAGAUCUUAUUCACAGUGGAUUGGCAUUUGGAGCAGAAAGAUGGCUUUCCACUCUUCAAAGGAUAUGUGAAAGAUUUGCAUGUCUUAUGGUUACUGGCAAUUCAACUCGUGACAUUGGAGGAGUAAUUCCAUCGCCUGAAGGGAAAAGAAGCAUGAUGAAACUUGCCCAGAGGAUGGUCAAUAACUUCUGUGUGAGUAUCAACCCGUCUAAUGGUGAACAAUGGACGACAGUUUCAGGGUCGAACGAGUUUGAAGUGCGUGCGGCACUUCAUAAGAGCACCGAUCCUGGCCAGCCUAAUGCUGUGGUACUCAGUGCAGCCACUACAAUUUGGCUUCCAAUUUCUGCACAACACAUCUUCAAUUUCUUCAGGGACGAGAGGACUCGACCUCAGUGGGAUGUUCUUUCCAAUCAAAAUCCUGUUCAAGAAAUUGCUCACAUUGCAAAUGGUGCUCAUCCAGGGAAUUGUAUCUCUGUUCUUCGGGCUCUCCACAAUAACCAAAACAUGCUUAUACUUCAAGAAUGUUGCAUCGACUCAUCGGGUUCACUAGUCGUGUACGGCCCGGUGGAUUUUCAGUCCAUAAACAUAGUGAUGAGUGGGGCCGACCCUUCGUGCAUUGAAUUGUUGCCUUCCGGGUUCGCCAUCUCACCGGACGGUAGACCAAACGACCAAUUUCAAGCCAGAGGAAGUGACCAUGGAGCCUCAACCAGUUUGAACACUAAUAUUGGUGAUGGUUCAUCAGGUUCACUUAUCACAAUAGUGUUUCAAAUCCUAGUGAGCAGCUUAACAUCGGCCAAAAUGAGCCAGGAAUCAGUUACCACAGUUACUAACCUUAUCAGCAGCACCGUCCACCAAAUUAAAGCUGCCAUGAAUUGCAUUACUUCUUGAUAGUAGGAUUAGAUAGUACCGAACAUUAUAUGGUUCGAUAUUGUCUGAUACUACGUACCAAACUUGCACUUAUUUGUGUUGAUGGUAAAAAAAUAGAGAAAGGAAACCAUAUUGGUUAGUUGGGGAAUUUGAAUGCUUCUACCAUCAAUGGCUGAAGGUCACUGACUUAUUACUCAAUGCAUAUAAUCCUGCUACUGUGCUGCUGUCAACUGCUGUUUUUGCUGCCAAGCCUCAUUAUAAUUCACAACCACCGCAGGUUGUCAUUUUUUAGCCAAGUUUUUUUGGGUGUUCCUUUUUUUUUUUUUUUUUUGAGAAUUUUCAACAUUUGUUUCACUUAAACACGAAGUCAAGACUCAAGAACGCACUAUACGUUGCUUUCCUGCGCUAUAUUCUGUUUCCUUUUUUUAACAUUGGUUCGGGUAUUGACUUUGUUUAUACAUGGAAAAUUGCAGCA